ACAUCUGGUUCAGCAUGACUCUUCGGGAGGAGGUAAGGAACCGCCGGUUCUGGCUUGGCAUGCUAUCUGAGGUACUAGGCUCUAUGAUCUUUGUAUCAGCUGUAUUGGGCUCAUCGCUUUCAUUACCUGACGGGGCUGCCUCAGCUCUGACAGCAGGCAUGGCAGCAGUAAGCCUGGGACACUGCUUUGGAGAGAUCAGUGGAGCCCAGGUGAACCCUGCUAUAACUGUGGCCUUAUUAGCUACACACAAAUUGGAUGCCUUAAGGGCCAUAAUCUACGUGUUUGCCCAGUGUGUAGGGGCAACUGUUGGAGCCGGAGUCCUCUACUUGGUCCUGCCCCUAAAAUCCCCAGCUGAGAUCUAUGUCAACAAGGUACCCACUGAAGUAAAUGCAGGACAAGCUUUAGUGAUGGAGAUACUUGCCACCUUUCAGUUGGUCUUCACCAUCUUCUCUGUGGAAGAACAACAGAGGAAAGAAGGGUUUCAUCCUGGCAAUCUAGCAACUGGUUGCUCCCUCACUGCUGGCCUGUUCACUGCAGGUAAAAUAUCUGGAGGAAGCCUGAACCCUGCUCGCUCACUAGGACCUGCCAUUAUAGUUGGAUACUGGGAACACCACUGGGUGUACUGGCUUGGACCAGUGUUGGGCGCAGUUUUAGCUGGAGUGUCUCAUGAGUUCUUUUUCGCUACAAGCUCCUCCAGGCAGAAACUGGUGGCGUGUCUUACUUGUAAGGAUAUUGAGAUAGUGGAGACAGCCAGCGUAUCCCGCUCAUCUCUGUCAACCCUCACACAGAUAAGGGCCAAGCAAAGCAAUACACAUGAGCACAACUGAACCCAAGAACAUGCAGAGAUGUUUUGGAAUGCAGCCUUUUGUUUUCCAUUUUUUUCUUUUUAGGGUAGGGUUACAUUUUGAUAUUAGUAUUUGUUCUCUUUUUUGUUUUUGUUGUUGCUGUAAAAUAAUUUAAAUUAUAAUAGAUAAACACAUGCAUAGAUUACCUUAAAUCAGCGCUCCCCAACCUUUUUUGCACCACGGACCGGUUUCAUAUAAGAUAAAAUUUUAUGGACCGGCAACGAGACGCUGCUUCCACCUGGGGGUGAUAUGAGAUGAUAAACACUCGUGUGUUGGAAAAUGAAGCAGUGUUUUCAUUGGUGAUGUAGCGAUCUCUAAUUAUUUAUUCUUUCUGUGCGGCCCGGUGGUUGGGGACCACUGCCUUAAAUGACAUUUAAUGUACUGUAACCACUGUUAGAAUCUUUUUUCCUACCUCUACCAAUACAGUUCUUUGUAGGUAUUAAUUUGUAUGUAUUAAUUUCACUGCCUUACAAUAAAAUAUUUGGAA